UUAGAGGGGGGGCAUUUAGUGACACACACACACACACUCAAGAAGGCGCGAGGAGCGCAUUUAAUUCCCACACAGUUCGUGGAGAAAGUUUGAAGGUGCUGAAGAGCUGACCAAGCCCGGGUUCUAACACAGCUAUGCAGUUGCAGGAGUGGUUGCGUUCCCUUCGUCCCAGCUGUGGUGGAUUAGGGAAGUCAGAAGUGGAGGAUAUUCGAAGCCUCCUUCCCUCUCUCCCCUCCUCCUUCUCUCUCUCCUCUCUCUCCUCGCCCUCUGUCAUAGGGCUGGGAGCGCUGGCGUCUCUCACAGUGUACUGGCUGGUCACUCGGCCUCGCUCCAUACGACCCCCCUGCGACCUGCAAGCACAGUCCGUACCUGUCCAGGGAGACUCCAGCUGUAGGCGCUCUGCUUUGCUGAAGGAUGACAAUCUGUUGGACUUUUACCAUGAAGACACAAAGACAGCGUACGACAUGUUCCAGAGAGGCUUGAGAAUAGCAGGGGAUGGGCCGUGCCUUGGCUUCAGGAAACCAGGAGAGCCUUACCAGUGGAUCUCCUAUACAGAGGUUGCAGAGAGGGCCCAGGUGUUGGGAUCCGGUUUGCUGGCGAAGGGAUGCAAACCUAAUCCAAAACAAUUUGUGGGCAUCUUUGCUCAAAACAGGCCAGAGUGGGUUAUUGCAGAGCUGGCCUGCUACACGUUCUCUAUGGCUGUAGUGCCUCUGUAUGACACGCUAGGCCUGGAGGCCAUGGUGCACAUUCUCAAUCUGGCUGAAAUCUCUCUGGUGAUCUGUGAUAAGGAGGAGAAGGCGGCGUCUCUGUUGGGGAAUAAGGAGAAGGGAGUGACCCCUGCCCUGUCCUGCCUGGUGCUCUUUAACCCUGUCAGUGCGGCUCUGGUGGAGCGAGGGAAGAACUGUGGCGUGGAGGUUCUGCAGCUUUCACAGAUCAUGGAUCUGGGCAGAGAAAAUCUCCAGGCUCCAGUGCCUCCUCAGCCUCAGGACCUGGCAGUGGUUUGUUUCACCAGUGGGACAACAGGAAAGCCAAAAGGAGCCAUGAUCACCCACGGCAACAUCGCUUCCAAUGCAUCCUCCGUGAUUAAGAUCCUAGAGGGCUUUUUUGUGAUGCGCCAAGACGACGUGUCAAUCUCGUACCUGCCCCUGGCUCAUAUGUUUGAACGCAUGAUUCAGGUGACACUGUUCUUCCACGGAGCGAGAGUGGGCUUCUACCAGGGAGACAUCUCUCUUUUAAUGGAUGACAUCAAGACCCUGAAGCCCACCUUCUUCCCUGUGGUGCCACGCUUACUCAACCGCAUCUAUGACAAGGUCCUGGGCUCAGUGACGUCUCCGUUGCGGAGGGCCGUCCUGCACUACGCUGUGAGGAGGAAACAGGCUGAGCUGAGCAGCGGAAUAGUCAGAAACAACAGUGUGUGGGACAGACUCGUCUUCAACAAGAUACAGGCCAGUCUUGGGGGGAAUCUGCGGUUCAUCCUGACUGCAUCCGCUCCGAUCUCCCCCACUGUCCUCUCCUUCCUCAGAGCCACGCUGGGCUGCCUGAUUUUUGAGGGCUAUGGUCAAACUGAGUGCACAGCUGGCUGUACCUUCUCUAUGCCUGGAGACUGGACUGCAGGCCAUGUUGGAGCUCCUCUUCCCUGCGCCAGGGUGAAACUGACUGACAUUCCAGACAUGAACUACUACGCCAAAAAUGGACAAGGAGAGAUCUGUGUUCAGGGACCCAGUGUGUUUCGGGGUUACCUGCAUGAUCAGGAGAGGACGGCGGAAGCUCUGGACGGUGAAGGCUGGCUGCACACUGGAGAUGUGGGACAGUGGCUGCCGAACGGGACUCUGCAAAUCAUAGACAGGAAAAAGCACAUCUUUAAACUGUCCCAGGGAGAAUACAUCGCUCCCGAGAAGAUCGAGAACGUUUACAUGCGCUGUGUACCUGUGCUGCAGGUGUUUGUGCACGGAGACAGUCUUCAGUCUUAUCUGAUAGGAAUUGUGGUCCCAGACCCAGAAGUGUUCGUUGGCUGGGCCAAAGGGAGAGGAAUUGUGGGAUCUUAUGAGGAGCUCUGUCAGAAUCCCGACGUGAAGAAAGCAGUGCUUGAGGACAUGACAGCAGUGGGGAAAGAGGCAGGACUGAAGUCAUUUGAGCAGGUGAGGGACUUGUAUCUGCACCCUGAGAUGUUCAGUGUGAGUAACGGUCUCCUCACCCCCACCCUGAAGAGCAGACGAGUGGACCUGCGCAGAGUCUUCAGUGAACAGAUUGCACAGAUGUACAGCAAAGCGGCCUAAAGAGCCGGUACAGGACUUCACUAUUAACCUUUAUAGCUAAGCUAACAGUCGACUUCCUGCUGAACUGGAAAUACACUAUGAAAUCAAAUUAUGGCUCAUAAGCUGUUGAACAAAGACCUCUGGGGACACACGUGGUCAGUGAGCUGCUGCUGUUAAACUAUUUUCACAUUCAACAACAUCCAUUCUUAGCUGGUUGUGUAUAUAACCAAUGCAAAAACAAGGAAGCAAACUGGUUGGUUGACGGAUAAAACUCAAGCAAAUGUUCCCUAAAAUGUGGAGCUGCACCUGGAAAACAUGCUAACCUUUAACCCCUAGAAGACAGUUACUGUCAACUAUAACAAAAGCAUGUUAUGAGUUGGUCAGUUAUUUCUCACUCAGAGCUCAUUGAAACGAGAAAUUCUGUCAAAAAUGCAGAUUUUAAACUUUCAGUUGAUCCCAAAUUUGUAAGUAGAAGCUGAGAUAUUUUUGUGAUAUGAAUUUGAUGAAAAAUUGUGUGCAGUUUUGUUUUGCAGGUGGAAAAAACAUCCUUUAUAUUUUUUACCAUUUUUCUUGAAACUGAAACAAAUAGAAAAUGAUUUUCUGUGUAAAUUGAGCCUGAAUUUAAAUUUUGUGACUGUGUAAUUUUGUUAUUACAUAAUUACAACUGAACAGUACAGCAAAAUGACUGUAAUAACUGUAGACUUCAAAGAAUUAAUCUGUUCACCAGAGAUAACAAAAGCAAGCCGUGGUUUUAUAUGAAUGAUUUCUCACUCGCAGCUUGUUGAUAUUUUAUUAUGGUUUGAAUUUGAUAGUUUUUGCUGUGUACAGUCUUUUUCUGGGAGGAAAAAACAUUUUGCCAUGUUUUUUUUUAAUGCUAUGUGCCUGUAAUUCCUUAUGCAGUUACAUAUUUACAAUUUAACAGUAUAGCAAAACAGUAAGAACUUCAACAGGUUGACCUGGUUGUGAAACAUUGUGCUGCUGUUAGAAAACUUUGUAUCUCCAUUUCAUGUCAUUUUUCAGUUCUUGACAUAAUUUAAAAGUGCCUGUUGCCCUUUAUAUUGUGUGUAAAUUUCAUGAUGAAUGGACCAAAAGAAACAUCCCAAAAUUGCAUGAACAAAUUCUAGUUCUAUUGAUUUACAUUAAAAGUAGGUUUUUUCCUUCUCCUGUAAAGUUACCAUUUUGGAGGUUUUGUCAGUUUUUUCAGUUUUUCCAUUCAUCUUCCAAGCCGCUUGUUCUCCUGGGUCGUGGGGGCGUUAGAGCCCCAGCGCUCACUGGACAGAAGGCAAAAAAACACCCUGGACAGGCUGCCAGGCCAUCCCAGUUGGUGAAACAUCAUUUUGAACUUUAUCCUGCUUCGCUUUUCUGUUCAGCCACCAUUAUUUGCACUAAGGUCGUUCAGGCAGUUAUAAUGCUGCUGCAUUCAACUCUGUUCACCGCACUGUUACACUACCGUACAAGUGACAAGUUCUGGGAUUGGAUGUUUCCAGGAGGCACAGUCAGUCAACAUUAGGUAGCUUUCGCUAAUAUUUUCUGAUCAUAUUGCAGAUGUUUUCAUUUUUAAAAUCCAUGCAAAGUGUGUUUUUGAACAAAACUGUCCAUUUCUCGUUUCAUCAAAAGGUACUACAAAGUGAGUUUGUCUUGUGUGUAAUUUAUGCAGCGUGUAUUAUAAACAUGAACUGUAAAUGUGCACAUUUUAAGCUGUACAUAAUGAAGAGUAAACCUGCAGCUUAUGAACUGUUACACAAAUUGCAGUCAAGGUAGUGAUGAAUAAAGAUAAUACAACA